AUGGCGGGCCAGCCUCCACCGAGGACGCUGGAGGAACAGCCCUGCCCCAAAGGCCUUGUCCGAUCUGCUGACCCCGGUGGCCUGUGGCGCUCGGGCCAGCUGCGCCCGCCUGGGCCACAGCGCUGCCCACAGCAGGCUGCUGACCGCCAGAGCCUGCAGCUGGCCGGGCCCGCAGCUCAGCUGCUGCCCGGUCAGUCCGCCUGGGCCCUAGACAGGCUCCGACUCGGACCCGGAGCGCUGUCCGCCGGGGAGCGAGGCGGGAAGGAGGCGCUCACACGAACGCUCGGGGGCCCGCUUAACCAGCUUGGCGAGUGCCUCAUCACCAACGUCGCCCUGGGGGCCUUCCUGACCACCGGUCGGGGGGACCCAGGGCCCUCCCGGGUGCAGAGUUGGGGCGGCGGCUCCGUGUCUGAAGGGCAGGAGGAGCUGGAGGGCGCGGGCUGGCCGGAGAGUGGGGCCUCAGUGCCUCCCUCCCACGGCCAGGCUUCCUGCGUCCAGUACCGGCUGGUGGUCCGGGAUGCGCAGACCCUGCAGAUUGUCCAGCUGUACACAUGCCUGGACCAAGUGCAGCACGUCGAGUGGUCGGCCGACUCCCUCUUCAUCCUGUGCGCCAUGUACCGCCGGGGGCUGGUGCAGGUGUGGUCCCUGGAGCAGCCCGAGUGGCACUGCAGGAUCGACGAGGGCUCGGCGGGGCUGGUGUCCUCCUGCUGGAGCCCCGACGGCCGGCACAUCCUCAACACCACGGACUUCCACGGGUCAUCUGAGCUGUCCAGGGCCAGCCUGAGGCUCUGCACGGGCCCGUCAUCCCCUUGUCCAGCCUUGCCAGGCGCCUGGGGUGUGACCUCUGCUCCUCUCGCGCCCUCCCUGGACACCUGUGUGGACUCAGCUGCAGCGAGCCGACGACUGGCCUUCACGCGGGAUGGCCGCUACCUGGCCCUGGCCGAGCGGCGGGACUGCCGGGACUAUGUGAGCGUCCUCGUGUGCAGCGGCUGGCAGCUGCUGAGGCACUUCGACACGGACACCCAGGACCUGGCCGGGAUCGAGUGGGCCCCCAACGGCUGCGUGCUGGCGGCGUGGGACAGCUGUCUGGAGUACAAGAUCCUGCUGUACUCCCUGGACGGCCGGCUGCUGUCCACGUACUCAGCUUACGAGUGGUCGCUGGGGAUCAAGGCCGUGGCCUGGAGCCCCAGCAGUCAGUUCCUGGCAGUGGGGAGCUAUGACGGGAAGGUGCGCAUCCUUAACCACGUGACCUGGAAGGUGCUCGCGGAGCUUGGGCAUCCCGCCACCGUCACGGACCCCAAAGUCGUGGUGUACCAGGAAGCCGAGAAGAGCCCGAGGCCGCCGCUGGGCCGCCACCCUUUCCCCCCGCCCCCGGGCCGCCGCUCCGCCGCCACCGAGAGCAAAUUCGAGGUCGCCUCGGUACCAGUGUCCCUACAGGCCCUGAAACCCGUGACUGACAGGGCGAACCCCAAAAUUGGCAUCGGCGCACUGGCCUUUAGUCCCGACAACUACUUUCUGGCAACGAGGAACGACAACGUGCCCAACGCCGUCUGGAUCUGGGACGUGCGGAAGCUGAGGCUGGCCGUGGUGCUGGAGCAGCAGGCCCCCGUGCGCGCCUUCCAGUGGGACCCGCGGCGGCCCCGGCUGGCCGUCUGCACGGGAGGCAGCAAGGUGUACCUGUGGUCGCCCGCCGGCUGCCUGUCUGUGCAGGUGCCCGGGGAAGGCGACUUCCAGGUGCUGUCUCUGGGCUGGCACUGCCGCGGGGACGCGCUGGCCCUCCUCAGCAGAGACCACUUCUGCCUGUGCUUCCUGGAGGGCCAGGAGGGUGUCGGCGCAGCCAUGGGACAGCAGGGGGGCCACGCCUAGGGAGCCCCCCCCCGCCUCCUCUGUGUGCAGACCCCGCUGUAAAUAUGUACUGUACUUUCUUAUUUAAAAUAGAUGUUAACUUAGGGACCA